AUGAAACACCUCCAUCCUCUAGGACUUCUCCUACUCUACUGCUCUUGUCUCCUACUAUGUGCAAUCAUGCCGGUGGUAGCCAGCAUCCGGCGUGAAGCUGAAGCACUUGUGAAGUGGAAAGCUAGCUUGGAUGGUGCUGAUGAGUCCCUUGGGCCACGGUCAUUGGAAAACUCCACAAGCCUUUGCAAGUGGACGCACAUCAUCUGCGACCCCGCCGGGCACAUCACAGAGCUUGACCUUGACAGAGCAGGUCUGAACGGUACACUUGACGAGUUGGAUUUCUCGGCCUUUCCCCAGCUGAAGAGACUCACCUUUUCCCACAAUGAUCUAUAUGGUAAGAUUCCAGCAGGGAUUGGCAACCUGACGAGCUUGGUCGAGUUAGCCAUCAGCUAUAACCCGUAUUUGAGGGGCGCCAUUCCACGCAGCAUUGGCCAGCUCAAGCAUCUUUCUUUCCUGGAAAUGAUAGGUUUGGGCCUUGGUGGCACUCUACCUGAAGAGAUUGGUAACUUGACAAGCUUGGAUGUGCUCAAUCUCAACUCCAAUACUUUGACUGGAUCGAUCCCAUCAACAAUUGGGAUGCUCACGAAGCUCCGCUUGCUGAACCUGGGAAACAACAAUCUGACAGGGUGCAUCCCAUUGGAGAUUGGAAACAUGACAGAACUGCUGACCAUGUACUCUCGGAAUAACUGUUUGGAAGGACAGCUACCAGGCACAAUUGCUCAUUUGAUAAAACUUCAGGAUUUGGAACUGUCAGGAAAUCAGCUCCGAGACCACAUUGUUGCUGAGCUUGGGAAUAGCAGCAUCUUGGAGGCGGUCGACAUUUCACAUAACAACUUCUCUGGGAUGUUCCCGUUAUCCAUUUGCUUAGGAGGGUCACUGAUUUUUCUCAAAGCUGGAUACAAUGGAUUUACCAGCAUCCAGCGCCGGACCUUUCAAAACUGCACAACCUUGCAAUAUGUUGAAUUCACAGCAAACAACAUUGUUGCAGAGCUAAGGGACUGUUUUAGUGAGCAUCCAGGAGAGCUGACCACCGUGGUUUUCAGUCAGAACCAGCUGUACGGCACGCUUCUGACAGGUCGAGGUGAGGAAUUCUUUUGUAACUAUACUAAUUUAAAACUCCUAGACCUAUCAAGCAAUGCCUUACAUGGAGGUUUUUCCAAGUGUUUCUGGGACUUGCCAAGCUUGCAAUUCAUGGAUCCGUCCAGCAACUCUUUCAGUGGUGUAGUUCCGUUUACAAGGACAUGUCAAGAUGAUCUUAAGCAUCUACUCCUAGCUGAUAACCAUUUCAGAGGAACCUUUCCUCUGGGUCUGAAGGAAUGCAAAAACCUUAACACUCUAGAUCUUGGAGGCAAUAAUUUUUCUGGUACAAUACCUUCUUGGAUAAGCAUGAGUUUUCCUAAACUCAACUUUCUUCGGCUGUCAUCAAACAUGUUUGGCGGCAUCAUACCCCAUGAGAUCUUACAAUUUCGCCAGCUCCAAGUAUUAGACUUGUCCAAAAACAGGCUCACCGGACCUGUUCCGGAUGAUUUUAGGAAUUUUACUGGCAUGGCAGAAGAGAACAUUGACUUCAUAUACCCUGACCGAUAUGUUUAUCAAGUGCGGAUUCAAAUAAUUUGGAAGAAUGUGGAUUAUGUUUACCAUCUGAUGAUAGCUGCCAUGGCAGGUAUCGACUUAUCUGGUAACUCUCUUUCACAAGAAAUCCCAAAUGGGCUCACGGAUCUUCUUGGACUGAGAUAUCUGAACUUAUCAGGAAAUCAUCUGUCAGGCUGUAUUCCUGAAGACAUUGGCAACAUUGUACUGCUGGAAUCCUUGGACCUUUCCCGGAACCAACUCUGGGGGGAAAUUCCUCCAAGCUUUGCGGGUCUGAAGAGCAUAAGCACUCUGAACCUCUCAACCAACGGUUUAUCAGGGAGGAUACCUACAGGCGAUCAGCUGCGGACACUUGAUGACCCGUCAAUAUACAGCAAUAAUCCUGGGCUAUGCGGGUUUCCGUUAGAAGACUGCAAAAACUCGUCGACACCGACGCAAACUGAAAAAAGCCUGGAUGAAGAUAGAGAGGCAUUGUGGUUGUAUUGCUCCGUGGCUGCUGGGUUCAUCUUUGGGUUCUGGCUCUACUGGGUUAUAUUCUUGUUUCGCAGCGAGACAUGGAGGUAUUCAUUCUAUCAGUAUGUGGACAACAUGCAAGCGAAGGUGAUCAAGAAGAUGUGUAGCUGCAUGAAGCGCUUCCAGGCCAACGGUUCUGAAUGA